AUGUUCUCCCCAAGCUCAACCGCAACCACCACCAUCAGAACCACUGCUUCCUCAACACCACCAUCCCUCCCCACACCCGACACCUCCAUCGCCUUCUCAUCAGCCCCGGCCAGCAACAGGAAACGACGCUCGCAGUCCCCUUCAACCGGAACACCCCUCACCAAGAAGUCUCACAUCGCAGUCGUCAUCCCCUACAUCCCUGGCCUGCCUCCCUGUCCAGCUCACCUCAAGAAACCCAAGAAAGCAAUCCGCCCUGCGGAGCCGCCCAAAGAAACCACCCACCUCCGAAAACUUCAGAAAACCAUCCGCCCAGCCCAACACCCCAAAGAAACCUUUCAGCACACCCCCGCUCCUCUCCAAACUCAGCGAGAUGACCCGGAUUUCAUACCCAGCUCGAGUGAAGUCGAAGACGAGGAUGUGCAAUCGGACUCGGAAACCAAUCGAAGAAGACAUCCCGCAGCAGAAGACCCAACAGUUGUCCUGCCGAUCAUUCACGAUAAAUUUAAGGCGUACUUCACCUGCUUGAAACCGAUCUCAAAUCCCUCCCUAGACCCAAUCCACCGCAACCCUCGUCCGAAUACCCCUCGUUCUUCAAUCCGUUUCGAGAACCACUUGGAUCAACACGAUCAGGUUCAAUGGGCUGCUUCCAGACCGUGGAAGGUAUCCCAAAAUGGCGAAGAUUUCUAUCAAUCGGUGAGGAUUCAAAACCACUUAAUCAAGAUCGAUUCCGUAGUUUGUUGCCAAAGAAUAACUGGCCGCGAAUUCAGCUACCGGAAGUCGAGACUGACGACCGUCGAUACCAACUAUGGCUCAGAUACGGAGGACGAAAGAGAAGAGGACACUUAUGAGUUCCAUGAUGAUGAAGUCGACACUCAGCCAACAAACAACAAUUUCGUCAAGAAUGAGAAACCACCCAAACCCAACACCAGAAGAUUCCUGGUCAGGGCUUUGUUCGAAAGGGACAGAGUUAAGUAUUUUCACGGAACUUGGCUCGAAGAGGCACGCCAUUCUUUUGUUGGCGCAUCUGCUGAACCCCUCGAGUUACUUUUAGUGGAUCAGUGCUACGAAAUCGAAUUGAAGCACGUGUCCGGGAUCGAAAAAGUGAUGUGGAUGGCUUCCCAUAACACCGAGCCACCCCCGAACGAUACAUUAUAUUGUCGAUUCCAUUGGAAACCAACUAAAGCUAGCUUGGUAGAUCUGCCACGCGUUCGAAAACCGAACCCGCCCAAUCCGAUCAGCAAUUCGCAUUCCUUAUGUCCGACCUGCGUCGCCGUCCCUAAAGAAAUCGCAUGGCUAACUGAUCCGCACAACGGCAAGAUUCUAUUAGGAAAGACCGAUCAAUACGAGCAAUUGGGCUUCACUCUGCGUGGCGAGGAAACGUACCGGCUCAAUGAUUUCGUCAGGGUCGCCAACACAUCACCAUCCAAGCCACAAGUGAUCGGCCAAAUCGUCGAGAUAUGCGGGAUCCGCGCCAAUUCAAAUGCGGACAAGACCAUCGUACUCGACGACGCACCUUUCCGUCCGCCUGCUGAAGCCUACUCGAAGAUCGCCAGUUUGAAGCACAAGCCGGUGAUCACCAUUCGCAAGUACCAGCGCACACCGUGGUCCGGGACUGAAAAAGGACCAAGAAAGUUUUUCGACGAUCGCCGAUUAUGGAUCACCGGGGACGAGCAGUUGGUCGACGUCAGAAAUCAGCUUCAAGGCAAGUGCGAAAUCGUGCACCUGACCAAGGAAGACAGUCGUGAAUAUCGCACUCCGGGAUCUGGUCGCAAAGUCUCUGAGGAUUCGAUCAUAGAGCGAGAUAACUGUUUCUACUCGAUCCUGCCCUCCCGAAAGCAGCAGAGAUACAAGUGCAGCGUGCCCGUCAUGAAUGAUAGUUGGAAGGCAUCACUAGCGAGUCAGGAGCCAGAAUGGGUGAAGACUGAGGACGAAUCGAGGGGGGAACAAUACAAGGACCUAGUCAAAGAUUAUGGGUGUGGGAAGAUCCGCCAUUUAGAGCUGUUUGGAGGGAUUGGGAGUAUGAGUGUGACGCUGAUCGAGCUCGGACUGGCGUCCCAGGACGACACGAUGUUCAUCGAUUUCUCGAUCCCGGCCUGUCAAACCAUCUCGACCAACUUUCCUCGCUCCAAGGUGAUCUGUGCCGACGUGAACGACGUGUUCGAGCUCAUGAUCACCGGGAAAACCGUUACCGGUGACGAUUUCUUGGUCGACAAAAGGACUGGGAAAUCGGUUCGUGUCGAUGAGCUACCGCGACCUGGCGAUUUCGAUCUGAUCACUGCAGGAUUCCCUUGCGGAAGCCAUUCAACUCUCAAUGUUCUCCGGAAAGCAAAUGAUUCUAAGAAUGCUCUAUGUGCCACCGCUCUAUCAUUCAUCGCAUAUCUGAAACCAGACUACCUAUUUUUUGAAAACGUUCGCGGUCUACUUAAAACAAGCUUCGUUAAUCCAGCCGAUGAUUCGGUGCUCAAUAAGGCUUUCUUGAGAAUUAUCUGUGGGACUUUAAUCAGUCUUGGUUACCAAGUGCGAUUUGGAGUAUUACAAGCCGCACAAUUUGGAUCACCGCAAGCGCGACGGAGAAUAAUCUUUGCAGGAACUAAACACGGACUAACAUCGAUCAAACUGCCGGAACCGACGCACCAUUUCCCGGAUGAAAGUCUGGCGAUCCUGUUGCCGACGAAUGAUAAAGACAAGGACGCGAGUGGCCAGAAUUCGGUCCGCGCAGAUCAUCGGACAUGUAGCUCGGGCGCUUUGCGAGCUGUUACGAUUCACGAUGCGAUCGCUGAUCUGCCCGAAUUCGAGUACAUCAAUCCCAACAAAAUCAUGGGAAGGACCCGGUCUACAGGUUUGAUCAACUACGAUCACUAUGAGGGCGACGACGGUGUCCGAGGGCCAAUGCCACGCAGACCCGAGUUGAUCCCCCAACUGGACCGGCUCAUCUCCUUCUCACCAACGCUCAGUGAAUCCAGAAUCUCGAUGAUUGGAUUUGACGAGUUCGAAUACGUGUCUGAGCCGAUGAAUCGCUACCAAUCCUGGCUAAGAAAGCCUCUCGAAUGGAAGCCACUCAUCGACACUUUUAUCCCCAAAUAUCCCCGCUUGGCUCUCUCAGAUGGCCACCAGGCACCUGUUGAUGAUCCGGAUGAUGAUGAUCCGUCUGGAUCUGGCUGUCGGGUUCGGAAUUGGCAUGUCACCCCCAGAUUCUCGUCUAAAGUCACCGAACGGAUCUGUAAUAUCCCUCUCAAACCGAACGCUGAUCAUCGAGAUCUACCGAAGCCACUCCGAUUGAAAAACCUUAAGAGGGCCCGAAAUCCCCGUGAUUUUGAUGGAAAUUAUGGCCGCUUGGGGUUCCAGGAUCAAUUCAAUACUAUCAUCACUAAAAUGCAUCCCCACAAUCAAAACAAAUGUGGCGCGGUCUUACAUCCUAACCAAAACAGAACGUUGAGUCUGCUGGAAGCCCAACGAGCGCAGGGAUUUCCGGAUCGAUUCAAGUUGCAGCCGGCGGGAUCUAACGGAAAGACGACGGAGACGAUCAACCAACAGUUAUUCAAACUGAUCGGAAACUCGAUCCCGAUCCCGAUCUCCUUCAGUCUCUCGAGAUCGCUGCUAAAAGCACGCGAAGAAGAUUAUCUGAAGACCACGAAGCUGCAGAAGCUGAAGUGCGAAUCCGUCCCUCCUUCAGCAACCCCCCCUGGACCGAUGAUUACUCUUCUUGGAUCGACGACCAUUCAUCGGCAGGACAAGGGCAAACAACGGCUGCUUGGUACUGACGACGAGGACAUCGUCGAGGUCUCUCAUCCUUCCCGCACACGGGACCCCCGCUCUUCUUCUUCUUCUGUCUCGCUCGAUCAGCAGUGUAGUCCUGCCGCUGAUAGCAUCGGCGUGAACUCCAACUCGGCUGAGACGUUUGAAUACGAGAAAAAUCUGGUCGAUUGCUUGGACCUGUUGGACCUCUUUCUGGAUCACCAAUCCGAGGCCUCGCGUCUCUCUACAUCUUCUUGCGCGUAA